CGGCCAUCUCACAAUUGCGGAUUCAAUAUUUCCGGAAAAAACAGGCACAACUGAGAGUCCAACUUUAUAGAGCAGUUUUGCUCGACCAUCCCUCAACCUCGGAAUGACUGUGCAUAUAUUUGUUACUGCUCUUAGAAAAACUUAAGUUAUCAUAUGUGUUACUUAUGAAUUACAUCGUUACGUGUAAACAGUUAUUAAUGCAAUCCUACGAGUGAGGUAUGAAAAAAGCACAGAGAAACCUUUUGGAGGACUUACAAUCGUAUGUGGUGGUGAUUUUCGGCAAAUACUACCGGUUAUUCCCAAGGGUACACGAGCUGAUAUUGUUGAUGCAUCACUAAACUCAUCUUACUUGUGGCCUUUUUUCACAAUUUUUGAAUUGAAGAAAAAUAUGCGACUCUGCAGUGGUGAAGUAAGUCGGUCCGAGGCUGAACAAAUUGCUAAUUUCGACAAAUGGUUGUUACAGAUUGGAAAUGGGUCGGUUUACGAUGAUAGAAAGAAUGAGCUUAUUAAACUCCCUCCGGAUGUACGCCUCAAUUUGUCUAAUGAUCCCAUCGGUUCAAUUGUUGAGGCAGUUUAUCCGUCCAUCCGGCAGAAGUACAACGACCCAGCAUAUUUAAAAGAAAGAGCAAUAUUGACACCAAAAAAUGAAAUGGUCCAUGAGUUGAACGGGACAAUUAUGAAAAUGAUACCAGGUGAAGGAAGAACAUAUUUUAGCUCGGACAAUGUAUUCAAAGCAAGCGUGAAUACAAAUGAUGAAGAAAUUUUGUACCCAACCGAAUUUCUUAACAACUUAAGAUUCCCUAGCAAUCCUAACCAUGACAUACACUUAAAAGUAGGUACUCCGGUUAUGCUGCUUAGAAAUCUAAACCAAACUGAAGGCCUAUGCAAUGGAACAAGAUUGAUUGUGAUGCAUCUUGGUAUGUGGUCUGUCACUGCCAACAUCAUUUCAGGGAAGAACAUUGGCUCGAGAGUAACAAUUACAAGAAUUAUUAUGUCUCCAAAUGAAUCAAAAUGGCCAUUCAAGCUUAAGAGACGUCAGCUUCCUUUAGCACCCUGUUACGCUAUGAAAAUCAAUAAAAGCCGAGGACAAUCUCUUAACCAAGUCGGAUUGUAUCUUCCAAAACAGAUAUUCACCCAUGGACAAUUAUAUGUGGCUGUCUCCCGAGCAACAACAAGAGCAGGAUUAACAAUACUGAAUGCUGACGAUGACACGGGCGACCCCGCAUUCAUUAAAAAUAUUGUUUACAAAGAAGUUUUCCAGAAUGUAUGUCCAAGACUUGCCGAAAACGAGAUAACUAUGCAUACAAAUGACGAUGCAUAAUGGAGAUGAACUGCCAAUCCCGAUGAACAUAACAACAUUUCGGCAGCUAUAUGGCUACAAUGAUCCAGAAAAAGAAGAAGCCGUUCCAAACGGAAAAGUGCUGAUAAGCACUUUCAGUAUAAAUAUUUCGAAUUUAAUGUGGUCCUAAAUUGAUGAUUGCUAUAAAGUACAUUAUAACUAUUGUAAUGAAUUGGACAGAUGGCGUGAAAGUGAAUGCGAAAAAUGUUUCA